UCUCAGUGAGAUAAGUCACAAUGUUGUACAGUUGGUGUCUCGUAUGGACGUCAGCAUGUUGACUCUUAAUGGAGUUUUGCUUGUGUUUUUGAUCCUGACAGUUGUUAAUGGAGACAUUACAUUCUCAUCUUACUAUGGCGACCACAUGGUUCUACAGAGAGGUCCCAAGCAUGCUAUCAUUACUGGACGGGCAACUACGAUCGGCGAUACUGUUACAGUAACAGUUGGUAACGGUGUUGCCAAGGGAAGCGGUAAAGUAACAACGGCAUCAGAUGGGAAAGGAUUCUGGAAGGUCAAGUUGUCAGCAGUUUACCAAAUAGGCCCCUUUGAUGUGACUGUGAGAUCUAGUGAAGGAAGCAAGAGUCUCCAUGAUGUGUUGUUUGGCGAUGUCUGGGUGUGUUCUGGACAGAGCAACAUGGAGUUUACAAUGUAUCAGGUUCUGAAUAAUACAUAUGAAGUACAAAGUGGCUUGAAGUUCACUGACAUACGUCUAUUCAAGGCUGAGCAUGUGUCAUCAUCGACACCUCUUAUGGAUCUACAGAAGGUCAAGAUACCGUGGACAACUCCAAACUCAAAGGAUCUGUACGGAUUUUCAGCAUUAUGUUUCAUGUUUGGAGAACGCAUGUACCCUCACCUGAACUAUCCUAUCGGGCUAGUGGAAUCUGACUGGUGGGGCACAAGCAUCGACUGGUGGUCGUCUCCGGAAGCGGUUGCGAAGUGUAACAACCAGGGAAAACGAGCAUCUCCACAGAACUUUGAAUUGUGGAAUGCUAUGAUCAGCCCACUGCUCCCACUGUCCAUUUAUGGCGUUCUUUGGUAUCAAGGUGAAAAUGACGUCGGUCAUGCAAGUAGAUAUGCAUGCAGUUUCCCAACAAUGAUCGAAGACUGGAGAAAACACUGGCACCAAGAAUCACUGGGUGAAACGGACGUUGAUUUUCCAUUUGGAUUUGUGCAGCUCGCCGCAUACAGAAAUGACAGCAGCAUUCGCGGAGGCUGGCCUGACACCCGCCUGGCUCAGACAGCCAACUAUGGCUAUGUGCCUAACCCGAAGAUGAAGAACGUAUUUAUGGCCGUGUCCUUGGACUUACCUGACUUUUCAUCACCUUCGGGAGCAGUUCAUCCUCGUUACAAGCAGGACAUGGCCUCCCGUUUGAUUCUGCCAGCACUUGCUGUGGCCUACCACGAGACCGGACUAGAGUAUGAAGGACCCUUCCCAUCUUCAUAUAAAGUUGACAAUGUAGCCGAAACACUCACUAUUGAGUUCAACAAUGGGAAGACACCGAUUGAAGUUAGGAACAACACUGGUUACGAGGUAUGUUGUUCUGGACACAAGACCUGUGAGUCCCAAGACGUCUGGGCAGCUGCUCCCAUAGUAGAGCACCACACCGCGUCAGUUACGUUGUCCACCGCCGGCUGCAUCAACAACCUCAACCCUGUCGGUGUCCGAUACCUCUGGUGGGAGAGUCCAUGUCCAUUAAGGUCUUGCGCUGUGUAUGGCAGGGACAACGAUCUUCCUGCACCACCGUUCAAAAAAACUGACGGGUUUUAGGGACUGAUGUAAAAAUAGUCUCUUAAAAGAAUAAACAAAAACCAUGAA